ACCCCCUUCGGCUUCACCUCGUGCAAAAGAAGUCGUCAAGGGGUGGUCCCGUAGUAAGACUCAACGGCCAUCGUGACAACCGUCUCAUAGAUACAUUCAACUUGUGGGAUCUUACGAAUUUAUCUUCUGAGUAGCCACUUGGAAGGUUUGCUGAUGGUAUACAAAGAAGUCAUACCUACACAUGGCACAAAGGACAUUUCAAGAAAGUGGGGAGGAUGGCCGCUCAGUUUUGGGAAUGCUAACAGUCCAAGUGGAACGGGACCCCAAGACAGGAGCCACAGUUGUUAAAUCUGUGUCCCCCAUGUCUACACCAGCCAGCGGUCCACUAGCCAGCGCCGUCUUUGACGACGGGCGGAAAAGCAUCCAUGCUGUCGGUGGGUCAGGUUGUAAUCCCUCAACCGAAGAGCUCGGGCAGAUUUUGAGUAUCGUCGACGGUGUUGGGAUGCAAGUGAUGCUAGAUGAAGUCACUGUCACGAAUGCAGAAGCCAACGGGAUUCCAGUCAAACAAAUACAGGUGCCUGUCAAUCAAGAGUCAAAAGAGAAGCGCGUGAAGUUCGACAGUCCUCAAAGGCCUGAAGAUAAAAUGACAACAGACGUCAGCCGUCCAAGUAUGACAUUUGAGGAAAAUCCAAAUGUGAUGGUGGUUAGCGACGCAACAGGAAACGAGGUGACCAUGGAGGAUUGCGACUUGGAGGAAAGUCCAGUCACCCUUGUGUUCCUGGGCUACACCGAUUCAACCACAACCCAAGAAAACCCGGACAUGCUCAUAGCUGAGAGAGUGAUCAUCGCAGAGGACGGAGAAGAACACAGUGUUGCCGAUAAGGAGACGGGAAAAGAAAAUGAAAUGUAUCAGGACGUUCCCCUGAAGGGAAAAGAUCAAAGGUCUCAAAUCCAGGAAGAUAAUGCUACGAAGGAAUCAUCUUCACCCAACGUUGAAGGGCGAAAAGGCCCCUCCAAGCACAAGAGCUGUCAGUGUUGCUCCGUCAUGUAAGACGUGAGCUCAUUUGAUCACACAUGUAUUUUUUUUUCCUGUUAUCUCAAUUGACAUUCAAUGGACUUUUCUGCCCAUCUGUUUCCUCCAUCUGACUCUGAGCGUUCUAAUGCUGCAAGGAGAUCUCUAUAAAAAGCACUUUCGCCCCCUAGAGGAGAAAGGCAGACAUAUGUUGCAAAGUCAUCAAUUCUUCGUAAGCAAAGAAAUGUUUUCCGUUGUGGAGGAGCGAGGUAAAAAAGGAAACACGGAUCUGACAGUUAUUGCAAAUAUAUUAGUUACGUCAAAUACUAUUAUUUCUUGUUCA